AUGAACGGCCUUGAAGUCACCCCUUUCGUUUCCAGCCUCCCCAAAGUCGAACUCCACAUCCACAUCGAAGGGACUCUAACACCAGCUUUACGCUGGAAACUCGCACACCGGAACAACAUCCCCAUACCCUACACAACCUACAACCAGCUUCUGGACAGCUACAAAAUAACCUACAACCACCGCCGCGAAGUCAACGGUGACAAUGGCGCGCCAACCUUUCUCGAAACCUAUUUUGCGGGUUGCCAGGUCCUCUGCACAGAAGACGAUUUCUACGAAUUGGCUAUGGAUUACUUCCGUAAAGCGAGCGAGAUGAAUGUGCGAUAUGUAGAGCCGUUUUUUGAUAUUCAAGCCCACACGAAGAGGGGGAUACCUGCCUCGGCGGUGUUGGAUGGGUUUUUGAGGGCGCAACAAGACGGCACCAAGGUUUAUAAUGUGCGGAGUAACUGGAUAUUCUGCUUCUUACGUGAUGAGUCUCUUGAAAGUGGGUUGGAGGCAUACAAGACAGCAAGGCCAUGGGCAAGGACCAAGGACGGACAAGGCAAGGGGCUGUUUCAUGCAGUUGGGUUGGCGAGUAAUGAGUACGAUCGUCCGCCAUUGCUGUUUGAAGCAGGCUUUCGAUUGGCGAAGGACGAUGGGUUGCAUGUUACCAUGCAUUGUGAUGUGGAUCAGAAAGAUGCUGUUGACCAUGUGCAUGAGGCUAUUUUCGAGGUAUGCGCGGGUCAAGGUAGUGAGCGGAUCGAUCAUGGUUUGAAUGCGAUUGAUCGCGGAGAUUUGAUGAUGGGAUUGAAAGAGCGCAAUAUAGGGUUAACCCUCUGUCCGCAUGCAUAUCAUCGUCGUCAAGCGACAGAAACACUAUUUCCAAAGAUCCGGAAGUUAUGGGACGAAGGAGUCAAAAUUUGUAUCAACAGUGAUGAUCCGACGUAUAUGCAUAACGUGUGGAUCGAUGGGAAUAUGAUGAAGGCGUACGAGUAUUGUGGGUUUUCGAAGAGUGAUAUGGUCCAGUUGGUUCGGAAUGCGGUGGAGAUGAGUUGGGCAGACGAGGACGUCAAAAAGGAGAUUUUGAGAGAACUGGAAAAUUUCUCAGCAGUUAAUCCUUAG